GAGCCUGCUUCCGCGUGAACUUGACUGCGUGUGUCAAGAAAAAGGAAGUGCAGAGACGGCGCUAAAGAACACCCACCGUGGAACAGAGGGGGAACGGCAGUGUGUGAUAAUGAAGUCACCAACGAAAGACGACCGUCCACGCCGAAGAACCGUCUAAAGGACCUCAGCAACUCACAGGAUGGAGUUGUGGCGCCAGUGUGCAAAAUGGCUGAUCGAGUGCCGGGUCCUGCCGGAGACGCACCGCGUCACGUGGGAGGGUGCACAGGUGUGCGACCUGGCGCAGGCCCUAAGAGAUGGCGUGCUGAUAUGCCAGCUGCUCAACAACCUGCUGCCUCAGGCCGUCAACCUGAGAGAGAUCAACCUGCGCCCACAGAUGUCCCAGUUCCUGUGCCUCAAGAACAUCCGGACCUUCCUGGUAGUGUGUCAGGACAAGUUCCAGCUGAAGAAGAACGAACUGUUUGAAGCCUUUGACCUGUUCGACGUGCGCGAUUUUGCCAAGGUCCUAAACACUUUGUCCAUCCUGUCUCACUCACCCAUUGCCGCACAAAGAGCAUUUCAGCCUUUCCCUUUGGGAGGAGACAUUUCUGAUGAUGACAUCUACAACGGCCUGUCCGACAAGAUAGACGACACGGUAGAUGAAGCAGACGAUUUGUACGACUGUGUGGACGAGGAGGGGGCCGAAGGGGAUGAAAUCUAUGAAGACUUGAUGAGGACAGUUGAACCCGAAACUAAGUGCGGAGUGGACAAGCGAGAGUGUUGCCUUCAGGAGAUCAAACAGACGGAAGGAAAAUACUCGGAUACUCUGGAAUCUAUUUUACAGCACUUCAAGAAACCUCUGGGAAAGUUCCUCGAGGCUCAGGACAUAGAGAGCAUCUUUGUCAACAUACAGGAUUUGGCCAGCGUACAUCGAGAAUUUUUGGACGAGAUCCAGAGCUCGGUGGGGAACGGAGCCAAGAAUUUUCACCAUGUGUUUGUCAACUACAAGCAGAGGCUUCUGCUCUACGGCCGCUACUGCAGUCAAGUGGAAACGGCGACCAAGCAUCUGGACAAGCUGGCGAGUACGAGGGAGGACGUCAGGAUGAAGCUGGAGGAGUGUUCCAAGAGAGCAAACAGCGGCAGAUUCUCUCUCAGGGAUCUGCUUAUGGUGCCCAUGCAGAGGGUCCUUAAAUACCCCCUGCUAUUACAGGAGCUGGUGAAACACACCACCGACCCGUCAGACAAGGAAAACCUGCGCACGGCUCUCGAUGCCAUGCGAGACUUGGCACAGUGUGUCAACGAGGUGAAGCGAGACAACGAGAUUCUCAGGCAGAUCACCAGCUUCCAGUUGUCUAUCGAGAACAUGUCGCAGUCCUUGGCCCUCUUUGGCCGGCCCAAAAUGGACGGAGAGCUGAAGAUCAGCAGCACAGAAAAGAAGUCCAAACAGGAAAGAUACGCUUUCCUCUUUGACAAGGCCUUGUUUGUGUGCAAGAAGAAGAGCAGCGAGACCUUCGAGUUGAAGGAGAUCAUCGAGCUCCAGCACUACCAAGUCCGAGACGAAACAGCGGGGGGGAAGGACAAAAGGAAGUGGUCCUACCUGUUCCUCCUCCUGGACUCCUACGGGAAGUGCGGCUACGACUUAUUCUUCAAAACACGAGAACUGAAGAAGAAAUGGCUAGAACAGUUUGAGAUGGCUCAGUCCAACCUGUGCCCCGAGAACGCAGCAGCGAACAACCACGAUUUCCAGAUGCACAACUUUGAGGAGACGGCGUGUUGCAUGGCGUGCUCCAUGAUGCUGAGAGGGAUUUUCUUCCAGGGCUACCGCUGCACGCGCUGCAAAAUAGCCGCCCACAAAGAGUGCUUGGGCAUAUUGCCGACUUGCGGACGCAGCUCAGACCACCCAGGCACUGCAAGAAAGAAUAGGACACACAGGUCCCCAGGGAAGACCGGCAUUGGGUUUCCCAAGGUGGAGGCGCGCCAGGAGUACUUCGGCCUGCCGCCGCCGCCCGCCAGCUUUGGGCAUCCGCUGUACCUCUCUAAGGGUGACGUAGUGGAACUGACGCGGGUGGAGGUGGACUUAUCGUGGUGGGAAGGCAGAAACUUGACUGGAGGACAGGUGGGCUGGUUCCCCUGCAGCAGAGUUAUACCCUUCUCACGUAGGCCCACCCCGGACCUGUCUGCUUUCAGCUGGUUUGCGGGGAACAUGGACCGACACGCCGCCAAGAACCUGCUCGUGUCCCGCUCUGAAGGAACCUACCUGGUCCGGCAGAAGGACGGCGGAGAAUUUGCCAUCAGCAUUAAGUUCAGCAUGGACAUCAAACAUAUUAAAAUCACCUCCUAUGAUGGCUUAUUCCGCAUCAAUGAGAAGAAGGCCUUCAAGGGUUUGGUGGAGAUGAUUGAGUUCUAUCAGCAGAACUCCCUGAAGGAGUGUGUCAAGGACGUGGACACCACACUGCACAUGCCGUACAAGCAAGCUGAGCAGAGCAACGACCACAAGCCCCGUGCCGUGCCCAAAGGAGGCGGCUUGCGAAACUUCGGCAUGGCGAGGGCCAGGUACAAUUUCUCAGCCCGCGACCGCUCUGAGCUGUCUCUGCACGAAGGAGACACCAUCAGGAUCCUAUCCAGGAAAGGCCACAGUGGCUGGUGGAAAGGAGAAGUGUAUGGCAAGGUGAGUGAAGAAAAAAAAAAUAAUCGUACACGCUAUCACGCUUUCAGACUCACAGUUGUUGUCGCCUAGGUGGGCUUCUUCCCUUCCAAUUACGUGGAGGAGGAUUACUCUGACUACAGCUGACCUGCAGGCCAGGACUUCACAGUGUCAGAUCAUGUGUGCGAAAAAGUAGUGCACGUCAUCUCAUCAUGUGAAUAAAUUGGGUUUGAUAACCAUGAAA